AUCUCACCCACCACACCUUACAAUGGGACGCAAGGCCAGGACAAAGCAGGGAGCGCCCGCGCCCAUCACGGAUGCGGACAUCGCAAGGCUGCGCAAGGGCGGUGCGGCGAAGGGCGGGAAGAAGAGCUCGUCAGCCAAGCCGUCCGCCUCGACGCCGAUCAAGGCCAAGCUGCCCGUGAAGACGAAGAAGCGGGUGAGGGCCGUGGACGUUGUCGACGACGACAGUGACGCAGAGGAGGCGCUUGAGCAGGGUGACUGGUCGGAUGAGGAGGAGCUGCCAGUGCCGAAGGCUAAGAAGGCCAAGGUUGAGAAGAAGAAGGCGGAGAAGAAGGGAAAGAAGGCCGCGUCGCCCGAGAUCGAGCGCGGAGAAGCACGCGAGCUCGUCUUCUCUGACUCGGAGGAGGAGAUUGACGCCAACGGAGAGGAGUCUAUGCCGGCCGGGCAGCACGCGUUCGACCUUGACAUGGCGCCGAGCGAGGAGGAGGACGAGAUGAUGGACGACGACUUUGGCUUCCCGAGCGAGGACGACGAGAUGGAGGACGACGAGGUUGACAGCGCCUUCGCUUCCGAUGACGAGGAGGGGGACGUUGCCAUGAAGGAGGAGGGUUCGGACGACGAGGACGACAAUGAUGGCAUCCAGACCAACCUCGAGGACGACCUCGACGAUGAGGGGUAUACCCUCCCUGCCGUUGACGGUGUUGAGGAGGAGCACGAGCACGGUGUGAGCCUCCGCGAUGUGGACAACCGCAUGCGGUGGCUCGUGAAGGUGUGCACCGCGGCGAAGGACGAGGGCCUCAAGGGUGUUCCGGGCAAGUCUCGCUCCGACCACCUCGUGCAGCUCGAGCACGACAUCGCGACGUACUUUGGCUACAACCACUUCCUGGUCGCCAAGCUGAUGAAGCUCUUCACGGCGGACGAGGCGCUCGCCUUCUUCGAGAGCAACGAGACGCCGCGCCCCGUUACCAUCCGCGCGAACACGCUGCGCACGCGUCGCCGUGAUCUCGCCCAGGCGCUCAUCAAUCGCGGCGUCAACCUCGAGCCGAUCGGCAAGUGGUCCAAGGUCGGCCUCCAGGUCUUCGAGUCGCCAGUACCCAUUGGCGCGACUCCCGAGUACCUCGCCGGACACUACAUGCUGCAGGCCGCGAGCUCGUUCCUGCCCGUGAUCGCCCUGGCUCCUCAGCCAGGAGAGCGUGUGCUCGACAUGGCGAGCGCGCCCGGCGGCAAGACGACGUACAUCUCGGCGCUGUUGCAGAACACGGGCCUCGUCUUCGCGAACGACUCGAACAAAGCGCGCACGAAGAGUCUGACGGCCAACGUGCACCGCAUGGGGUGCAAGAACGUCGUCGUGUGCAACUACGAUGCGCGCGAGUUCCCGCGCGUUCUCGGCGGCUUUGACCGUGUCCUCCUUGACGCGCCGUGCUCGGGCACGGGUGUCAUCAGCAAGGACCAGAGUGUCAAGGUGAACAAGAGCGAGCGCGACUUCCAGCUCCUCGCACACCUGCAGAAGCAGCUCAUCUUGUGCGCUCUCGACUCGGUCAAUGCGUCCUCUCCCACAGGCGGGUACGUCGUGUACUCGACGUGCUCGGUGACGGUGGACGAGGACGAGAGUGUGGUCGACUAUGCGCUCCGCAAGCGGCCCCACUGCAAGCUUGUCGAGACGGGCCUCGAGUUCGGCGUGCCCGGCUUCACCUCGUUUGAGGGCAAGCACUUCCACCCCUCGUUGAGCAUGACGCGCCGCUACUACCCGCACAAGCACAACAUGGACGGCUUCUACGUCGCCAAGUUCAAGGUCGGGAAGCGCGCCAAGAAGACGCAGGAGGCUGAGGAGGCUGCAGCGUCGGGUGUGAAGGAGGAGGGCGACGAGGCCAACACGUCUGCGUUCAACGUCGCCGAGGACGAGGCGUACAUCGCCGAGAGCAAGCGCAAGCACCUCCUCAAGACCAAGGGGAUUAAGCUCAAGAAGAGCGAGGGCGAGAGCGCCUCGGCGUCGCCAGCCAAGCCUGCACCCAAGCCUGCCAAGGGCAAGAAGGUGACUGAGGCAAGGCGGAAGAAGUGAGCGGGGUGCGCACGAGGCGGCAUGAGGGUCCCACGCGGGUGUUAGCAUAGAUCGGUAUUACUAGUUGCAUGCUCUAUCAAUC